AACUCAUUGGACUGUCACAACAUCAUCACAUCUUCACCUCACUUCCUUUUUUACCACUUUUCCUUUUUCCUUGUGUUUUUUUUCCUUCACAUUUUCUCAAUCUUAAAAGACAACUUUCAUGGAUUAAAUCUUCAUAGAACUAGUAGUUUAUAUGAUAUAUCUACAUGUAUGUAUGUCACUUGUAAGAGUGUCAUAAUAAUUUAUUGAUCUGCGAACAAGAAUCCUGGGUUGGUGUUCUUUCCUGUGGGUGUUGUAUAUAUACAGGGAGAGAGAGAUAGAGAUAGGGAGAGAGAGAUAGGGAGAGAGAUAUAAGAGAGGGAGAGAGAGAUAGGGAGAGAGAGAUAAGAGAGGGAGAGAGAGAGAGAGUGAUUGUUGUAAUGGGAAAUGUGAAUGGGAGGGAAGAGGGUGACCUUGACAGCCCAUCUGCAGGCCGUGAUAUGGCAGCAGAGGAUGGUGGUGUUAUCGUCGAUGGUGAAUUUAUGGGCCCUUCUCCUCCAUCUAGCCCCAGGGCUGCUCAAUCUCCAUUGAUGUUCACUCCACAGGCCCCAGUGGUUCCUUUGCAAAGACCAGAUGAGAUGCACAUUCCAAGCCCUUCAUGGAUGCAAACAACAUCUGCGUACGAAGACAUUUCGAGUGAGCAAGGAAUUCCUACAAUGAUAACAUGGAGCUAUGAUGCCAAUGAAGUGUUUGUGGAGGGAUCAUGGGAUGAUUGGAAGACAAGGAAACCCUUGCAAAGAUCAGGGAAAGACUUCACUAUUUUGAAAGUUCUCCCUUCAGGUGUUUAUCGAUAUAGGUUUAUUGUUGAUGGACAAUGGAGGUAUGCCCCUGACUUGCCAUGGACCCAGGAUGAUGCAGGAAAUGCCUACAACAUAUUAGACUUGCAAGAAUACGUUCCCGAGGAUAUUGAAAGCAUAGCUGGUUUUGGACCCCCACAGUCCCCUGAUUCGAGCUACAACAACUCGCAGCUUGGUGCAGAGGACUUUGCCAAGGAGCCGCCAAUAGUUCCUCCCCAUUUACAAAUGACUUUGCUUAAUGUCCCUUCUCAACCUAUGGAGAUUCCGCCUCCCUCAAGACCUCAGCAUGUAGUGCUUAAUCAUCUUUACAUGCAGAAAGGGAGAAGUAGCUCUGCGGUGGUGGCACUAGGUUCUACACAUCGUUUUUUCUCCAAGUAUGUGACAGUGGUAGUCUACAAAUCUACACAGAGGUGACAGUAACACAUACAUUGUAUGGCUACUGACCUUCUUUAAGAUCUUAUACGUGCCAUUGGUACAAUUAUUGUAAUCUGGUGCCAUUAAACAGCAGUUAGUCUGAUCAAGAACUUGAUCGGCAUAAUGCACAUGAUUUUAUGA